GAAGGAACUGAAUACACCGAAAAAAGAAGACAGCUGCAUGGUCCUUUAUCAGAUCCUGAAGAAGCUUUAGAUGUUGGUAUUGUAACAGAGACUGGGAAUGAAAAUAUUAAGCCUUCUAUCAUUAAAAAGCUGAAAUUUCGGUCUGUUUUGGAGGGGGAGGUAACUGCUUUUAGAUGUAAGCUAGUUGCAAGACCAGCUCCCACAAUAUUAUGGUUUCAUAAUAACAGACAGAUUCAAAAGGAGCACCGUCGUAGAAUACAUACAGUGAGUAAAAUGCAUGUGCACUUAACAAGUUUGACAAUCAAUGAUAUUAUAGAUAAAGACUCAGGGAGUUACAAAGUAAUGGCAAUUAAUACAGAGGGAUCGGCAGAAUCCACAGCAUCACUUCUUGUGUCAUUAAGAGAGGAGCAAGAUGCCAAUUAUGUAAGUCUGUCCAGACGUUCAAACAAAUCCCACUCAAGCUUAGAUUCAUUACUUGAUCAAACAAAGGAGAGAGCGUUCAGAGUAGACCUUAGAUGCGUUGGUUCACCUUUUGACAAAAAAGCUAAGGGACAACCAAGAGGGCGUGUAAGACCUAAGAGUGCUCUGUACCGCACAAUGUAUUUCCGGACUGCAUCCCCAUCAAGAGCGCCUGAAAAGGGCAGUAAGCUGGAAACAGCUUCGGAACGUGCUCGUUCCCCUCCCCCUAUGUUUGAAAGACACGAGCAAUUCAGUGACCGCUACAGUGACAUUUACUGUGACAGAUUUACAGGUCAUGACCGGUACAGUGAUAGGUUCAGUGAUAAACUCAGUGAUAGAUGCAGUGAUCGGUACAGUGAUAGAUUUAGUGACACAGACAGUCUUCAUGGAGAGGUUAGAGCAAAGCUCACUCUCCUGCAAAAAGCUGUUAAACAGAAAAAGAGGCUUUCCAUAUCUACAAUGUCCUCUUCUGAGUUUGAUCUGGAGUCAGUCACGAGUGAGCCGAGUUACACAGAUUAUGCGGAAAGGCUCAGAGCUAAGCCGGUCUCAUUGCCAGAGGUCCAGCAUGUUGUUCGGCCAAGUGAACAAGGUGAGGGUACUGUGAGUAGAUAUUCAGCAGAUUUUCAGAAUAGGCUGGAAAGAAUUACUGGACUUGGAGCACAGACUGUUGAACCCCCACAGCCAAGAGCAAAGCACUCCUUUGAGCCUCAGUCCAGAGCCAGGGCGAUACAAAUGAUGAGAGGUGAGCUCCCUCUAGUGGAGGUCAAAAGUAAGGAAACUAAAGUUGGUGCAUCUGAAAUAAAAACGGAUGAGGCUGUUGUGUUAAAAGAAGAGGCAGUGAAGGAAGAAGAAUAUGAACAUUUGGCUGGUAGAGAUGAUGCUAAUCUUAGACAGUGGGACGAGGAAACCAAGAUGAAGGCAAAGGAACCUUUUGUGUUGCAGUGGCUUGAGGCAGGUGAAGCCUCCCAAACUACUAAAGAGGUUAAAACAUUACAUGAGGAGAGUGCAUUCAAAGCAUCAUCAAGGACAAAAGUAGUGAAAGAAACAUUCCUUAGUGAUGAUGUUCCACAAGAUGAUGGUAAAAACAUUCCCAUCCAAAAGGUACAGCCAAGAGGAAUGCCUAUGGAGAAUAUCCUUGAGAAAAACUUAGAAAGCCAGUGUUUAGAGAGUGAAGAUCAGUUCUUGGCUCAGCGCAUUGGAAAAUGGCAAGAAGAUGUGCAGUUAGAUCGACCAAAAGUAUCUGAAUGGUCUGAAGCAAGAGACUCCCAUACUUAUAAACCUGAAGAUAAAAUACAUAAACCAGCAACAAAAACCUGUACACCCUUAGUUCAUAGUGAGUUGGGUUUUUUGCAAGAAAAAAUUGCAUUACAACAUGAGAGUGCAGAUGUAAUAAGUGGAAAAGAGACACAACAAGAUUGCACAGAAGCUGUGGUAUCUGAUUGGUCUAAAGAGAAAGCACGUGAUAUUCAUAAACCCGAAGCAGAACUUGCAAAGGUGAAAACUCAAACAGAUUCUCAAACAGCCACAAAGAUUUCAAGAUCCUCAUCCAAAGAAAAAAUCUUAAGUGAGCAUGUAGCGCAAAGAGAUAAGAGAUUACGAGAAGAAAUGCCUGAGUUAAAAAGUGAGAGUGUGCCGUUAGUGGGUAUGGGAGAAGCCAUAACGCACCAAGCAAUGAAACUGCAACAGGAACACACAAAGACUGUUACACCAGAGUGGUCUAAGGAGAAACCAUAUAAACCUGAGUUUGAAACAUACAGAAAAGAACCUGCACAAGUAAUUGAGAAAGAGUCAUCAUUCACAAAGGUUUUGACCACAGAAAAGCCUCCAAGUGGGAGUGAAACACCGAGUGAACAUUUUUUGUCACAAGAACAAAGAGCAAUGAAACAUAAGACUGAACAAUUGGUGAGCGAGGAGGACAUCUUAAUCCAACCAGCAAGGAAAUGGAAACAGUGUCAAGAAGAACCAGAAAAAGCAUCUCAUUUCCACAGAUCUGGAGAUGAAAUGUAUAAAGAACCAAGGAUCAGUCAGAGAGAUUCUUCAUUUACAAAAGUUGCAAGAUCACCAAAAGAAAAGCGUCUAAGUGAACGGAUGUCUCAGAAAGAGUUGCAUUUAUCACGCGAGAGGAUUAAUGAGUUAACAAAUGAAAGUGACCGCUAUAUUAGUGAAGAGGAGGCCUUGACUCAACGAAUAAUGAAAUGGCAGCAGGAUGUUUUAAGUGAGCAAGAGCAUGCAGUUGCCUUGGAGCCUGAGUGGGCUGCUGUUAUGGAGAGUCCUAAGGAAACUACAGCACACAAAGAUGUUGAGUUACCCGAAAAGAGUCAGUCAUUGUCGAAAAGAACACCAAAGGAGAUGUUUUUCACUGAUGUUUCCACACAAGGCUAUGGGGUGGACAGUUCUAAAAUCCAGCUUGAGGGUAUUUCUCGUGAAGACAAUGAAAAGUUGCGAACCGAAAGUGACUAUCUUGUCAGUGAGGAGGAGGCAUUAGCCACACGCAUAAAAAAAUGGCAGCAAGACAUUCUGUCAGAACAAGAGCAAGAGGAAAAUGUUGAGUUAGAAUCUAAUUGGACCUUGGCUGAGCAUUUGCAACCCUCGACUCAAAAAACUGAUGCCGUUUUAGAAACCAGCAGGAUGCCUAGAUUAGAUUCUCAGUUCAGAGGAAUGCAAACUUUACUUACUGAUGAAACCAGUGCUCAUGCUGUUCGUAGUGACUUGCCUCAACAUGACAUUGAGAAAGUGACUGAAGGCCAGUAUGCUGCCUGUGAUAAAGUUGCAGGUCAGGCUCGUCAUGGUGCAGCAAAAGAUGUAACAGUGCUCUUAGAACAAGAAACUACUACUUUCAAACCAAAAAAGGUUGUUGAGAGCACUGUGAAAUCUGGUGCACCAGUUUUUGUCACAACAUUAGUGCCAAAUAUUGAAGUAAGAAGAGGGGAAAUGACCGAAUUAAAAUGCCAGUUUUAUGGAGACCCACAGCCUUCUGUUUCCUGGCUUAAGGAUGGACAGCCUAUAAUAAGAGAUCCAGACUUUGAUGUACGUAUCAGAGCCAAUUCCUCAACGCUGACUAUUUAUUAUCCAACAUAUGAUCACCAGGGCGUAUUUGCUUGUAAUAUCUCAAACAAAUAUGGAAAAGCGAGUACCUCUUGCACACUUAAAGUAGCUGAUGAUGAGCAUAAGAUCUGGCCUGAAACAACUCAAGAAGUUACAGUGACACAAGAAUCAGAACUGUCUGAAGAACAAAUGAUGGAGGAAGAACUUGAGUCAUUCCUAGCUCCUGGUCUUGACAAAAAAUAUACAUUGCAGGUACCGCAGGCAGUCAUCCAUGUUCCUCGCACCUCUGACGACUCCAUUCACUCAUCUCCAGUAGAAAUCAGGAUAACUGCUCCAACACCAGUGUUAGAUAUUAGUGAGGAGGUGACAGACACAGUUGAGCCUAGUGAAAAGAUAGCUGGGGCUCCAUCUGAUGAAAACACAUCUCAAACUUUGAAGCACAAGUUUACAUUUUCCUUUGAUGAUGUUGGUGAGGUACCCAAGAUUUUUAGAGAGCUAGAGAAGAUAAGCUGCUCAGAUGGACAAACAGUCAUGCUUGAAUGCAUAAUACUUGGCGAACCAGCACCUAAUGUCAUAUGGUCGCAUGAUGACAUUGCUCUCGAUCCCUUGAAUACAGACAAAUACAAGUUUGAAGAGCAUGACAAAAGCUACCGGCUUUACAUUUAUAAUUUUACUUAUCUUGAUGUGGGAACUUACAGAUGCACUGCCACAAACAAGCACGGACAAGUUGAAAGUGUAGCCAAUGUGUCCUUUGAUUCCACAGCAUUAGACUCUGGAUUUUCGUCUCUUGCAACACUAGAAAUGGGUGAGCAGGCAAGAUCACUUGGAUUUUCAACUGACAAUACUCCCACAGUUAGAGCAAAAACAUUCUCAGGUCCUUCAUCUGUACUGACUAAAAAGGGUGAAGAGGGUGUCUAUAAGAUUAGAGAUCAGUCCACGGCAGGUGAAGACACUACUCAGUUUUCUGUGAAGCGUUUCACUUUUGAUCCUGUGCAGUUGCAAGGUGCUAGCAAGUCCGAUGAACCUCUUAUCUUGCAAAAGGAUGUACCGAAAGUCCCACGUGUUAAGCAAGGUGCUGUGUCUGAUGUACCCCUUAUAACUGGUUGUGGUUUGCAGUCUUCAGGGGCAGAGGUGAAAGUAUCCAGAUUAAAAAAGGCAUUUGAGAGACCAGAGUCUCCCACAGUAGAGCCAGAAGAUAUAACUGUAGAAUCAACUGUAGAAUCUGCAUACCCUAUGGAGGACAUUCCAGAAGUUGCACUUGAUAUUAAACAGUCUGGAAAAGGACUAACCUCUUCAUUGCAACCUAGAGAGAGUGAUAUAACAGAGCUUACUUCUUUAGUUCCAGGCAAGGCAUCCCCAGGAAGAAUUGCCCUAGAUGUUACAGAGACAGCCUUUGUGGAGAAUGUCGCACAGUCCAUUGAAGGAAAAUCAGUGAGGGACAGGUCAUUUGCAGAUCCAGCAUCCAGUGAGUUGCAUCAUUUUGUCCCCCUUGCAAAAGUCACUGAGAUUCAGCAGUCUCCUACUUUAAUAAGACCUCAGGCUAUAUUACCUGAGGAAAUGAGGACCUUAACUGGCAGUGCUAGUAACCCUAGAACAAAAGACAGUGCAGUAGAAGAAGUGAUUAAAAAGGGAAGUGAAGGAGCCUUUGUUAGACCAGGCGUUAGUCAUAUCAAGGAAGCUGCUGCUUCAACUCAAGAAAUCUUACCGGAAAUAAAGGGAUAUGCGGUUUCAUCAAAAUCUAGCACAGUUAGCAUUCAGGGUGCUGAAAUGGAUUUCAGAAAGAUGGCAAGUACUGAUUUAGGCCAAAAAGUCAUAGAAAGAGGUGCUUUGAGUGAAGUGUCAGACAUAUCAAAACCAAAAAGUGAAGGUGCCUCAAAACUAACUGCUCAAGACUUUAUAACGGGAGGUCCACAAAAACAACAGCAAAAAGUUGCCAGACUAGGUGCUGCUGGUGUUAGCAAACUUGAGGAGGAAGAGGUAACCUUUAGUGCUGUUUAUGACUAUUAUAACCCACCAUCUGACUGGGGAAGGCCCUUGUCUCCAGAAUCUGAGAUGUCUAUUGAAAUUGGAAGCACGUUCAGCGAGGAGAUGGCAGAAGUUGAGCGAUUCUACACUCCAGCUUCAUCCACUGAAAUUUCCCAAUUUCCUAAAUCACCUGAAUCUUUCCACACCUCUACUGAGACCCCAGGUGGUAUUAUGACACCCCCUGAGUAUCCAUUUUCUCCUGUGGAACACAAGAGACCCCCAAGCAGCUCCAGUGAUGGAUUAUAUUCUGAUAAGUUUCUUAGAUCCCCGGAUGAUGAAGGUAUUGAAACAACUCCCCCUGUUUUUACUAUUGAUGAGAGCAUGAUUCUUCAAGAAGGCCGUGGUUUAUUAGGCUUGGGGGCCCUUCAGGAGAAGGUACAAGGAAUUCCUCCAGCCUUUCUUAAACCUCUUACCAAGAGAAGAGUGUAUGAAGGUGACACAUUACGAUUCUGUGCUGAAGUAUUUGGACUGCCAUCUCCAGAGGUAAAAUGGUUCCAAAACAAAACUCAGCUUGUUCCAGAUGACAGAACUAGCAUUGAAAGAGAUGGUGAUAACAUAGCAUUGGAAAUUCAGAACAUAGCAAAAGGUGAUCAAGGGGAGUAUAUCUGUGAAGCAGUUAAUUAUGUUGGUGAAGCAAAAAGUGUUGCUCUGGUUGUGGUGAUAUCUCAAGAGGCAAGGAUGAUACCAGCACCACCUGCAGUCACCCAUCAGCAUGUGAUUGAAUUUGAUGUUGAGGAGGAUGAGGAUUCAUCAAGAUCUCCUUCCCCACAAGAGAUUUUAUUAGAGGUUGAACUGGAUGAGAAUGAAGUGAAGGAGUUUGAGAAACAAGUGAAAAUUGUCACUAUCCCAGAAUACACAGCCGACAACAAAAGUAUGAUUAUUUCUCUCGAUGUUCUUCCAAGCGUGUAUGAGGAAGGCGCCAUUGAUUUUAUAACACAAGAAAGUGAUGACUUGAAAAUAGCAUUUGAGGUUACAGAGAUGCCACCGCGUUUCAUCAACCCAAUAUGUGACAUAGAGACACCUGAAAAUACAACGGUAAUGUUCGAAUGCUCUCUGAUGGGAAUCCCUUCACCAGUAGUGUCAUGGUUUAAAGGAAAUAUGAAGAUCCCCCAUGAUAAGAAAAAGUACUUUCAUAGCUCUGAUGGUGAUAACCAUUUUCUCAAGAUCCUAAAAGCCAAUACACAUGACAGUGGCAUUUAUACAUGCCGAGCUAUUAAUGUUGUUGGUGAGACACUUUGUAGAGCAACUCUCAUGGUAUUGAAUCCACAAGCAUAUUCAGGAAAAGCUAGGGGGAGAGAACUCACUGCUGUGUCUCUAGGCAGUGCCAAAGUUCAGCCCCAGAAGUUUGAUUUGGUUGUUGGAAAUUCAUCGUUUGAUGGCGAACAAACAUCAGAAAUUGAGCUUGAGUUUGAGUUCCAACAGGAAGCCGAUGAGUCUCAGAAAGCUGUGAGACUGGUAGCCAUGACUGAUAAUGAGGUGAGUGAGCAGGGAGAGAAAUACGUUAGCAUCAACUUUGACGUCUUUGCCGAGCCCUCAAAAGAAGAUAAGAUAGAAUUCAAAGGCAAAUCAACAAACAUGUGUACUUUUCAUUUUCAGGUCACUGAAACACCCCCAAAAUGCGUAAUCCCACUGCAGAAUGUCACUGCAGCAGUAGGGACACCAGUUUUGCUUCAGUGUUUAGUGAGUGGAAAACCAAACCCUACAGCAAAAUGGUUCAAAGACGGUGCUCCAAUAACAAAUCCUAGAUACAUCAUCCAGGAAAAAGCUCCAGGGCAUUUCAAUCUGCUUAUAACAAAUGCAGCUCAAAGUGAUGCUGGUGAAUUCAAAUGCGUUAUCCAAAACCAGACGGGCUCUAUUGAAACAAUGUCAUUGCUAAAAGUGUUUUAAUUUACCAACAGUUUAUCAAAGUGAUUUUUUUUGCCACAGGACUGCUAUUUUGUAAAGUGUGUCUUUCAUAGAGACAUAGUUGUCACUAUUUUUCAUGUAUUGUAUAUGUAAAUUAUUGUGAUAUUGUGUAUAGUCCUCUGCACAACAUAUGCAACAUGCUUUGAAGCCUAAUCUAUUGUUGCAGGGUUUGUCUCUUGCAGAUAUUUUAUUUAUUAUAGUUACUUAGUUGUGAGUAGAUGUUUCUAAAUUGUUCAUAUUUAUAUACAUGUAGUGUUAAGUGUAAAUUUCUUUUACCUGUUUUUUUUUUUUCUUUUUCUGGGCUAUAUAAUAUUGUGCAUGAACAUUAAUUAGAUUUGUCAAAAGAUUAGAAGCAGAUGUUCAGCCAAAGAAUCUCAUACAAAAGCUUGAACACCCUGGUAAAUUGACAUGUUGAUUUUCUAAGUGAAAAUAACACAUUCGUUACAGAAUCUGCACAUUUAAUACAAAAUCGCUGUUUAUUUACUUAAUUUAACAAAAAAAAAAAUGUGGCCUGUACAAGCGUUAUGGCACAUACAUACUUUUUUUUUUUUUUCAGUAUGUUAAAUGAGUGCACCAUAUUUAAGUUCUUAUUUUCUUACAUCUUUUACCUAAAAAUCACCAAAACAGAAUUUGACUGGGAGUGUUCAAACUUUUGAAUGUAACUCUGAUGACUAGCUGUAGUAAAGAAAUAUUUUCUUCAGGUAAUUAGCCAUUGGCAGUUCUAACACAGAACAUUGACACAGAAUGCCUCACUGAAUGACUCCUUCCCCUCAAAAAUUGCAUCCAGAUCCAUAUAAAUAAUAAAGUUCAAAUAUUACAUUGUCUUAAACUAUCAUUUUGAGUUAUGCUCUAAGAAUAAAAAAUUAAAAUACUGUACUGUACGUCACAGUAACUUGACUAUUGCAUUGCAUGUAGACAGAACAAUAUAAUGUAAAACGAGUUAAAUGAAACAUUUUUGGCUAACACUUUAUUUUACAGUGCUCUUGUUACAGUGUAAAAAACAAUGUAACUACAGUUAACUACCUGCCGAGUAAAGAGUUCAAUCAAAAUUAUGUUUACUCUGUAAAAAUGGUUUGUCCAUUUAACCUAAAAAUGUAUUUAACACAAGUAAAUGUUUUAAACGAACAAAUGUUUUAGUAGUAAGUAUUUAUCUAAGUUGUAUAAAAAGGCUGAAUGGACAAACCACCUUUUGAUAGAACAAAAAUGUAUAGUACAGAUUAAAUCUUUAAAUUAUGACCAUAAAACCUGGCCCAGGCUAUAAUCUCAACAAGUGAUGUUCAUUUAUUUCAACUGGGUUGUGGAAAUUCCUACAAAAUUUGCACUUGUGGGUCAUACUGGAACAGUUAUGGUAGAAGAGACUGUAUUUCUUUUUUUAUCAUUCUCAGCAAUGCAGUGACACUGACGUGGUAAUGGUGUGUUAGUGUGUGUUGUGCUGGUCUGAGGGGAUCAGAUACAGCAGUGCUGCUGGAGUUUUUAAACACUGUGUCCACUCACCGUCCACUCUAUUAGACACUCCUACCUUGUUGGUCCACCUUGUAGAUGUAAAGCCAGAGACAAUAGCUCAUCUGCUGCUGCACAGUUUGUGUUGGUCAUCCUCUAGUCCUUCAUCAGCGGUCACAGGACGCUGUUGGCUGGAUGUUUUUGGUUCUCAGUCCAGCAGCAACACUGAGGUGUUUAAAAAUUCCAGCAGCACCGCUGUGUCUGAUCCACUCGCACCAGUGCAACACACACUAAAACACCACCACCACAUCAGUGUCAUUGCAGUGCUGAGAAUGAGGGCUAACAAAGUAUGCAGAGAAACAGACAGACUACAGUUUGAAACUACAAAGUACACUUAUAUAGUAAGUGGACCUGAUAAAAUGAAAAAAGUGUAGAUACAAGGAGGUGUACUUAGAGAAGUGUCCAGCUGGUGUAUAUGCAGAACAGUAUAACUGCUCACUACUCUUUAUUCAAUAGUUAGUUAAUUAUAGUUUCACUGUUUCUUACACUGCAAUAGUAGCACUCUAAAAUAAAGUGUUACCCCUUUUGCUAUUAUUGUUGUUAGAGUAAAUUAAUCAAUAUUAUUGGUUAUAUUUAAUUGCAUUUACUGCACUCUCUUAUCUUUGUUUCAUUUUGUAUUGAAUGCAUUUGCAGAUUGCUAAGAAUAUCAACACGAGGAUGUCUAACGUUAUUAAAAUUAGUUUGACCUGGAAAAUAAUAAUUAUAAACAUUAUUCAACAGAUUUGAUGUACAAGACUACAUCCUACAGAACAAAUAGUAUAGUGUUACGCAAAGCUCAUUUACAUUGAUUUACAGUGAAACAGUUGUUAUGCAACCAUAUAUUACAUAUUAACAGGUUCACAUUUUUAUGUUACAGACAACACAUUUAAUUAACUGUAAAUAAAAAGUGUUUAAACAGUGUAGUAGCAAUGGGAUCUUGGAAUACCGUAAGCCUGUUUAAUGAACUUUCUUUAAAAGAAAUAGAGAAGUAAUUCAAAAAGAGAGUGGUUUAAGAAGUAAAUAAAUUAGUGUCAGUUCAGUGCAUUUUAUGUAAUUCUGUGUACAUUAGACAAAAAUAAGUCAAUAAAGUUACAACAAAAA